AUGUCUGCAACAACCAUCAAAUCCGUAUCGUCAAUGACCACGUCGGGAAAUAAGAAGAUCGGACCACCAUCACUCAAUGAUCUUUCAUUGUUCUCCAACGAUAGAAAAUUAGACAUCACGAAGGAAGAAUUAAACAAAAUAGAACAAUGUAUGAAAGAUCCUGAGUUUUUGAGGCUAUUUGAGGAAUAUGCCAAAGAAAUUUCCGAUCCGAACGCAUUGAAGGAAACGGAUUUGUAUAUCAAACAGUUGGAACAAGAAGGAAGCAAGUUGCCUGAAUCUAUUGUGAUUCCAAAAGCUAGUUUUUGUAUUCAAUGUUCAACUGCAGAAAAGAAUGCGAAACAAUUCUUUGUAAAUAUUUGCUCGAGUGAUAAGGUUGAAAUGUACAAGGAAGAAAAAACCACACAACAAAACAAGAAGGGUACUCAAUUUAAAAUUCCUUUAAUUGUUGGAAAUCCAAGAGACUCUGAAAAAGAAACAGUCAUUGAUGUUGUGUUUAACACAAAAACCUGUGAAAGGGCCCUGAAAGAUUUAUUGUUUAAGAAUUUUAUUUGUGAGCUUUGUUUGGAUUAUGUUGAAAAAAAAUGCAACGUGACCCUUAAAAAGAAAUAUUAUACUGAAGUGCUUGGUGUAAAAAGCAAAGGCGAUCCUUCCUCACUUACCAUACAAUCCUUGUUAAAUAACGAUAGAGAAAAAUUUGAUCCCAACUCCAUUAUAAAGUCCUACGGCAAGGAAAUUACAACACACACGAAACAGGAAGAUGAAAAAGAAGAGUUAAAGAUGCCACAACCAAAAAUAUCUCCAAAACCUAAUUUAAUCCAAGAAGUGAAUGAACCAAUAACUCCCAAGUUUGAAAUUGUAUAUAAGAAUGCUUUUGAUAUGUCAGAAUACACCUACUCCGCUUACACGAGUACAAACAGAACGAAACCAUCUGAGAUUGGUGUAAGAAUUUUUCUUCCUCAUCUAGAUUCGGCUGCCGGUGUGGAUUUGGACGUCUCUGAAAACUUUUUAAAGCUCCAUUCUAAUGAGCCUGCAAAAUAUCAUCUUGAGAUACAUUUGCCGUACAGCGUUCAUAGUGACAAGGUUUCCGCCAAAUUUGACAAGAAAACAAAAACGUUGAAAGUGUCACUUUCAGUCAUACCAGAUCCCGUUCAAAAAGCUAUUUUUGAUGAGAUUCCAAAAGAACAAGAAGAGGAAGAGAAGCAAACAUCCCCCCAUUUACAUACCGAAACAACCGAAAUGACUCCAAAGCUGGUGGAGGAAAUUGCAUCAAAUAAUGAAACUAGUGCACAAGAUGAAGAAACAUCACAAAUGCAGUCAGUUGCUCCAAAGUUGUCUUCUCUUGCUCAAAUGCCUUCUCAACAACUGUCGUCCUUUGUGAAAACAGUUCCUAGUGAAUUGGAUGUUGCAGCGGUUUCAAACCCAAAACUGCAAGAAUUGAGACCUGUAGAUUCAGAACGAGAAAGUAAGAAAGUUCAGGUGGCAGAACAGAAUUCAGGAAAAAAGAAAGUUUCUUUCUCUCCAUGUGAAGCAGAUGAGAAACCCCAACAGUGCGAUUUCAAAAAUAAGUAUUUAUUUGAUUUGGAUUAA